AUGUCUCGGGCAAGUUCGUCCUCGGCACGCCCUCUUACUCUCACGGAAGAGCUAGAGAAACUCGAGCAAUCCAUUACCCUAACUCUACAAGGUAUUUCCAGCGCCUCUCCAAAAUAGACCUCAACUAACGACAAGUAGAAAUCGACCACAAUUUCAGCAGAGCACAUAGGAUUGUGACUUCGAGUAUUCUGCCUAUUGUUGAUCAAUAUGCCGACCAUUCUAAAGCUGUUUGGGAGGGAUCCAAGGUUGGCAGCCAGUCGGAAGGAAAUUUGGAUAGAGCUAACCGCGGGGUAGUUUUGGAAACAAUUUUUCGAGGCCAGCGCAAAUGUCUCUUUAUCUGGGGUAGAGGAACGAGAGGAGGAUGAAGACCAGUCAUAUACACAAUCCCACCAGGAUGCAAGCACAUAUGCCGAAUCCUCACGACCGGCUGACGAAACCAUGAACGAGGAGUCAAGUCAACAACACUAUGUGGACGAUUCUCUGCUUGAAGAUGGUGAUAUGAGUGGAAGUACGCCUCGAGCUCCUCACACCAAGACUUUGUUUAGCGACGCUCCACGAACGGCAGAUAUGUCAUCGCCUUACGAAGACUUAAAACGGGAAUACAAGGGGGAUUCAUAUGAGCAAGAUGAUGAUACCCAAAUCCUACCAACUACGCCAGGGGCUCAAUCUAGAAAUCCGGAUAUGUCAAUGACACCAGAAUCUUCGCCAUUUGAUCCCACUCAGUACGUACCAUCAAAUGCUACCCAGCGUCUUAAUCAAGAUCCUCUUCUUCAUCGAGUUCUCGACAAGAACUAUAGAAUUCAAGCUACACCACUUACAGCCCGAAGAGAGAAUAAAAAAGAAAGCAAAACACCCUCCAAAAAACCAUCAUGGCGAGACAAUGGAUCAUCGCCCAUGUCUUCUCCCCCAGAGGCAGCUCCCCAACUCCGUGCGGAGAUAUUCAGUUCUCCAGUCAGAAAGCAAUACAAUGCUCCUAGAACGCCUGGCGUUAGUGUUCAAACACCAGCAAAAGGAAAGGCAAAGGAGGUCAUGCCCAAAUUCUCGAAGAAGGAUGAGAUCAGUUGGGAAAGUGAUAGUGAUGAAGAUGCUGAGGGGGUAUAUCGAGAACUUGGCAUGAGUCCUCCCAAAACCAUUCAAUUUAAUCUACCACAAUCGAGGCUUCUGCAAACACCUGGUAAGUACUUUAUAUUGUACAAGUAUUCGAAAGCUAACCUUCAAUAGCGCGAGAAGCCAGUCAGAGAAUAGUGAAAGACUUGCUCACGACUGCUGGAGCAGGAUUUGAUGAUUCGGAUGAACUCGACAGUCCUAGUAUGGUCAGAAUGAGCAAUGACUUGGAGGAUAGUUUUUGA